AUGACUGAUAUAGUUGCCCGUAAUUGGGCAAUUAAUCUUUGGUAUCAAAAUGUUAGUCAUUCUUUUCAAAAAUUUCUUCAAACAGCUCUAGAUAGUGAACCAGAUUUAGCUGCCAUUGAAUUAUGGAUCUAUGUUAUUCGUAAUUUACCACAGUGGAUGCAAACUGUUCUUGAUAGAAUCCCAUUUAAAUUAGUUGAAUUGUUAUUUCAACAAAUUCUUGAACAUACAGCUGUUGCACUUGGGGAGGGAAAUCGAGUGAUUUUCAAUGAUAUUGCUGCGCUUUAUUCACGUUACGGAAUUGAAUUCUGUUCAGACAAAACAAAACCCGAUGAUACACGAUUAAUCGAGUUUAUUCAAAAGUAUGUGUGUGAAGAUGGUGAAUGUAGUUUAGCAAAAGCAUUUCGUGCACUUUNAAAUAUAAUUCUUCUGUUUAUCUUUUGGGAAGGAAGAAGAAAUAUUUUGUUCUUUCUACAUAUAAAUUAA